AUGGGUGUACUAGUCAAAUCCAGAUCGAAGUCACUGCAGGACGUGGAGCUUCCAGCCGGUGUCAAGUCCUUGAGCUCUGCUCUAAAAGAGAUUUCCAUCAAAAACAAGAAUAUCAACACCAAUCGCAUCAGGUUAACCAUCCUCAAAGAGGACAAACAGAUUCCUGUCACUUCUGACCACGCGUUUGAAAACCUUACAGAUGCCAAACUUUUUGCUAAAGACAUUGGCCCUCAAAUAGGAUGGAGACUGGUGUUUUUCGUUGAAUAUUUGGGCCCCAUCCUUUUGCAUUCAGUGAUGUACUACUUGUCCACCCGACCAGAACUGGCCAGUUUUCACUGCAAAUCCCGCAACUACAACCCGUUCACCAACAGAGUGGCCUAUACAUUGGUGAUGGUCCACUAUGUCAAGAGAGAAUUGGAGUCUUUGUUCUUGCAUCAAUUUUCGCAGUCUACCAUGCCCCUGUUCAAUUUGUUUAAGAACUCUUUUCACUACUGGAUUCUCAAUGGUGCAAUUUCAUUGGGUUAUUUUGGGUAUGGGUUCUUGUUGAAGGAUAUCACUGUUUUCAAAUUAUACUCGAAGCUAAAACUGGACAAUUUCAACCUCUUGUUGGGUAUUUUCGUGCUCUCCGAGUUUUGGAAUUUCUACACGCAUGUACAAUUGCGUCGUUGGGGUAACUCUCAAAGGGCCAAGGGCAUCACCCAGCGUAUUCCCCUGGAGGAUGGAAUCUUCAAGCUUUUUGUCGCUCCGAAUUACACUUUCGAAGUAUUUGCUUGGAUCGCUUUCACCAUGAUCUUCAAGCUCAACUUUUUUGCGGUAAUUUUCCUGUUUGUGUCGACUGCCCAACUGUAUUUGUGGGCUUUGAAGAAAAACAAAAGAUAUGGCACCAAGAGGGCUUUCUUGAUUCCAUUCGUCUUUUAA